CAAACAUGGAGGACUACAGAGCGUUUUCUGUGCAGCAACAUUUAAACCUGCAUUUUUAAUGGAAGUUUGGCGUUUGGAUGCUUGAAACCAUCAUGGUCAAAAUCCACCAAUCAAUAGUUAAGCCCGGGGGCCACUUCGAAAUACAGUGCUCAAAUAUCAGCGAUACUUUGUUUCACUGCCUUCUGUGUCCCAAAUUCAAGCCAACUACGAGCAAGAAGAUCCAGAGACACAUGGAUAGCCAUAUCAGCACUGCAUUGCAUGUUAAAGAUAACAUCAUUUGCAGGUGCAACCAGCCAUGCAGACUCACGGGUCAUUAUCAUUGCCCGUACUGUGAAAAAACAAUCAUACGGCGAGAGGAUAUGGAAAUUCAUGUGCGCGGAUGCCAAAAUAAACCUCUGUCACUCACAAUGGAACCACACUUAUUGUCAUCCCAGGAGAUUUCAAGAGUCCCUUCUUCAGAAACAACAUCGGAAGUACCCCACUCUUCAUCGGCAGAAUCACAACUGGUACCCCUUUCGCUUUGUGCAAGAUUGGCGUUGCCCCUUUCUCCAUCUGUGACAUCAGUAGCACCCCCUCCUUCAUUUGUGAAAUCAACUGUACCCGCUUCACCAUGUGCAACGUCUUUAUCUACAACAUCAGCAGCGCCCUCUUUUCCAGCUAAAAUAUUGGCAGCACCCAACUCAGAACCUCACCAAAGCCUGUUUGAUCUGCUGGAGGAGCCCAUGGAGUGUAAAGCAUCAGUAGUGCAAAAAGACCAUUGUUAUACACUUCCACCCCCAGUUUCUCUCCACUUCCCUGUAGCUUCACCAGUAUCCAGCGAUAUUCCCGCAGCUUCACAACCAGAGGCCUCAAGCACAGAUGCCCCUUUGCCCGAGACUUCAGUCGAGGACGCUGCAUCGUAUCCUGACACAACGACGCGGGCGUCUUACGGUGUCAGAAGUUUAAGGGUAGUGCGAUGCCCUCGCUGCUCGCUUCGUCUUUACAAGAAAAACCUGGGUGCCCAUAUGAAGAGGAAGCACGGAGGGCUGAAGGACAUCACUGCUGCUUCACAUCUUAAAAAUGUGUGUGUUGAUGAGACACGUGGAAUAUUUGCUGUCCAAAGAGUUGCUCAUGGGUUUUCUGUGCCGAUACAUGUACAGCGUAAAACAUGGGGAAAUCUGCAUCAGAUAAAGUGUGGGCUGGAGGAAUGUCACCAGUACCAGUUGCUUGCAAAGCAGAGUGGGCUAAUUUACAGUCUGUGUGAACACAUUCGAUCAUUGGACUACUGCACCAAGAUUGCAUGCGAGGACUUUCUUUAUCCAGAGUUUCUUGGGGAAUUAGUGUCUCUGCAUAUUGUUGAAGAGUCCAUGAUGGGCACCUGCAAACUGAGGCAAGAAGCAGCAGAGAAAGACCAUGUGCCUUUUUCUGUAUUGGUGGAUUUGGGAGGUUCCACACAUCAAAUUUGUCUCUCUGUUCAUGAGCCCAAAAUAUGCAGUUUUUCCUCCUUUGGCAGAGUUAUAGUUACUUAUAAUUUGAAAAAACAAACGUGGCACUGCCCCUGUACCAGCCCUCAAAAAUCAUGUCCACAUAAAAACAUUGGCAAAUGGCACAUAUUCCAAACAAGGAAAGAUCUCCUGCCUGCAUCAACUCAAGAAACAUUUCAGUCUCAUGCUAAUCCUGCUUCCACAGAACUGGAGAGAAGUGUGAGAUACACUUACGCAGAGAAGAAAAUACCUGCAACUCUUCCUGGACCUGCCACUGCUCCUAGAGUGCUGACCGAUUAUCCUGCAUGUUUGAUUCCUACUGAAGACACAUGUAAACUCUGUCCAGGCCAUCCCAGAUUAGAAGAUGGAUGUCUCAUCACAGACAAAGCUACAAUAGUUGGCAUGAACGGUGUAAAUCACAACACCUCGACUUGCAAUAAAAGAUGCCCUGAAUGCCACAUGGACUACAGGUACCAGGAAUGGCAAGAUGGUCUUCACAACUUUAAUGACCAUGUCAUCUUGACUCUAGAGCUUUGCCUCUAUAUGCGGUACAACCUACAGAAUCAUGUGUCAGUGUCCAGAAUGAUCAGCUGUUUGGAGAGUUUUCGGGGCCAAAAGUUUCCUGCGGUCAACAUCAUUUUCCAAGCCUAUUGUCACUUUGAAGCACUGAACAACACAGAGUACAGUUACUCCUGUAUAAACUGUGGCUUUUCCCCUGCUGUUGUCAUGAUGGACCUCCACAGAAACAGUGUCUCCAAAGUGAAGAUGAGUGAAUUGAAAACCCCCCCUGAAGACUUUGAUGGAGAGCACAACAUCAUGGACUUCUGGGAAUCUGUUCAUCUGGAAAUGAUCAGCCGUGGCUUUUUUCCCAACUCUUCAACAAAUCCAUUUGUGGUUCAUCCAUCUUAUGAACACUGGGCUCCUUGGAUUGGGAAGGAAACCCGUAAAUCUGACAGCGUCCUCAACACUGAAUUCAGAAAGAUGCCAACAUCUGAAACUGAGGGAGAACUGAGCAGUGUGACUGCUGACCGUCUUUGUGAAGAUUUGCUCAAACAAAAUGAAUCAACUCUACGAAGUCUGUGCAAAAGUUGCGGUGUUGAUUCUAAUGGAUGUCGUGCAGAUCUCAUCUUUCGGCUGAGGGAGAAUCUGAGGGAUCAUCAGACCUAUGUCAAAGUGUAUCAGUCUAUCUGGGGUACCUCUGGUAAGUAUGAAUUAAAUUCAACUAUGAAAAACAAAAGUCUGAAAAGAAAGGUGAUGAAACAUGUGCAACAUUUUCCUCUGUUUUUCCCCUCUACAGGUGGAUGGUGUGUAGUUUCUUGCCCCCAUGGCAUCGUUUACAGUCUGAAAUUCAACCUGCAGACAGAAAGUCCGAGAGAUUUCGCCGACCUUCUGCUGUCAUGGAAACAUUUCCCAAACGUCUGCCUGUAUGACUCUGCACAUGGCUUAGCAACACACACAAAUUCACGAGUUCCUGACAAGCCCCCAUUUCAUCCACAUGAAGGAAAACCAGCUGCUCAGACAACAAAAAACUUGACUAAAGCGCUUCAUCGAAAACUCAAAGUGUCCUUGCCAUGGCUCAGACAAAAAUUUGAGCAUUCAGAAGAAAAUGGACAUCCGAUAACUGGAUCAAGCCACCGUUAUGCACUUCACCAGGGUAACACAAAGGACCCACAUGAUGUGUUACGAAGGGUUAAUCUGGUACCAGAACUCAAGGACUGUAUAAAUAAUAAGUCGGUAAAGCGGCUGCUCACUUACAUGAGAAGAAACAAUUAUUUCCUGAACAGCAUGACUCCUUCCACACACGUAUUCCUAAUGAGAAACAUGAUCCAACACAGGAAUGCUUGUUGUAACACACAGCUUCUGGAAACACAGUUAAAAUUAUUUCAGUAACACUAAACUUGGGACCCCAUUGUCAAGUCUGAUAUGGUCAGACUGCCAUGGAUGUAUAGAUCAGAAAGUCCUCACUGAUGCUGAUCACAUGAAACAACUUAAUUUUGAAAGGAUUAAAUAUAUAAAUCAAAUAUUUAGUUCAUUUCUUUGAAAAGGCUAAUUAUCCUAAAACAGCCAGUCACUGUAAUAACUUAAAAUAUUACUCAAACAGCAGUAAAGUGUAUUCACUGGGGUGGAUUUGAUGUGCUUGUGAGUACUAAUGUAAGCAACAGUGUAUACAACAUGUGUAAUGCACAGUAUAUCAAGCUUUGAUUACACAGGCAACACAGGAGGAACUCUUUAUUGGCUUUGUUGAUUUUAUGGUAAAAUAUUCCACUAAAACUUAAUCAAAAGUCUUGUUUUUGGUGUGUUUCAAUAAUGCAACUUGAAGCUUCUGUUGGUAACACUAAAGG